AUGCCUGGGAUCCUCGCAUCGAGCGGAACACCUGAAGCGGCGGUCGUGUUACUAUCCCUCCUCACAUGCUAUCUGUGUACUCGAUGGACUCACAGAAAGUACGAGGCAUAUCCGCCUGGUCCAACACCUAUGCCAUUCUUUGGGAAUCUCCAUCAGCUGCCUUUCAAGGAUCAACACGAAACAUUCAGAGAGUGGGCACAUACGUAUGGGGAAGUUGUCUAUGCCCAAAUAUUCAGGAAGCCCAUGAUUCUUCUCAACUCGCUACGUGCAGUACAAGACCUCAUGGAGAAGAAGGGGGCGAUCUACUCUGACAGGGCCGGAUUAACACUAUGGGAAGACGUAUACGAUUUCAAACCUGUCACAGCAUUCAUGAAUGCCGAUGAGGACUGGCGGGAGCACAGGAAGUGGCUGCAAGCCGCCCUCGAGACAGAACGAGCCUUGACUGGAUUACAUACAACACUGAAAAGCAGCGUUGACAAGCUGAUCAUCAAACUGCUCGAUUCUCCGAAUGCGUUCUUCGCCCAUGUGCAGAGAUAUACAAGCGACCUCACACUUGAUUUAGCCUACGGUAUGGACGAGCUAACGGCAGAUGAGGCAUACAACAGGACGGCUGAGGAUGCGGUUCAUGCCAUUACCCACUCUGAUUCCAUGGUCGCUUCACUUGUCGACUUCUUCCCGAUCUUGAAGUAUGUCCCUUCAUGGAUGCCCGGGGCAGCAUACAACCGAGAUGCGGUAAAGGCAAGGCACGUGAUACGCCAGAUGCUGGACGUACUGUUUGAUUUGCUGCUCAAGAAUAUAACAUCUGGAGUGUACAAGCCUUCGUUCUCCUCAGCGUGGAUUGAAGCAGUAUCUGAUAACGGACAACUUCCGCCACGAGUCGCGUAUAACAUCAAGGGCGCUGCUGCCACUUUAUACGUCGGUAGCUCUAAUUAUGGCGUUGCGCAGAGUGCAGUCGUGCUCUUGACCCUCAUUCUGACCAUGACGCUCCACCCUGAAGUCUUGCGGAAAGUACAGGAGGAAAUAGGGGCUGUCGUCGGUGCCGAGAGACUUCCCGAGCUCUACGACAGGAAGCAGUUGCCUUACCUUGAUUGUGUGCUGUUGGAAGUCUACCGCUGGAACCCUCCCAUACCCUUAGGUGCCCCUCACGCUCUAACACAAGACGACAUAUACAAAGGCUACUUCCUUCCGAAGGGGUCGAGUGUGAUUUCUAACAUUUGGGCUAUCUCGCGCGAUCCGUCUAUAUACCCUGAUCCAGAUGCGUUCCGACCUGAGAGAUUUGAGGAAAUGGAUGCCGAGAAAGUCAAGGCGUGCGAUCCAAAAAGGUAUAUCUUCGGGUUCGGCAGGCGUAUCUGUCCCGGCCGUCAUUUAGCGGAUAUGAGUGUUUGGCUGGCGGCAGCGACCAUCCUAGCUACCCUGGACAUCCGCAAGGCCUGUGACUUUAAUGGAAAUGAGAUAGAGCCUACGCUCUCAUUUAUCACUGGCGUAACCAGAUCCCCGCGAGAGUUUGUUUGUAGCAUUCGCUCGCGAAACCAGACGGUCAUUGAGCUUAUAGCUCAGGAAGAUGCACACUGA